UUUAUAAGCACUGCCGACAAACUCUUUGGACCAAUAACAACCAUUCAAUGCAAUGGAAAACUCAUCAAGAAGACACCUUGGUCCGCGUUCACUUUCAAGAGUGCCGACUGGGAGCGCAUCAACGAUACACAAGAAAUUAUUGCAGACACUAAUAAUAUUCAGCAGUAUUUCUCAUCCGAAAAACAACCUACACUCUGGCAUGCUAUACCCGCCAUUGAGGAGCUUCAGACUGCAUGGGGGGUGAAGCACAAUUUACCAAAGUACGAGAUGUACAAAGGCGCCAUCCAGAAAGGUCUCGACAAGCUCGGUAAGUACUACAAGAAGUUUGACAACAAGCCUGUCUAUGUGCUUGCUCUUGUCCUCCACCCAUACUACAAGCUUGCAUACAUUACAAUGCAGUGGGGUGGUCGUGAAGAGCAGGCAGCGGAGCGUGCUGCAGGGAAUCCAAAUGCUGUUGAUUGGUGCGAUGAGGCACUGAAAGUAGUUGAGUCGACUAUGACAGAAUAUGUGAAGCAUUGA